UUUAUCCUCGCUGGUCUCCCUUCUCUGCAGCUGUUUCCACAACUAUCCAGAUGGGAUAUUACCUACCGGAGCUGAACAGCAAAUAAAUGGAUCUGGAAACUUGUUUCACAGUAAGAAGCAAGAGAUUAUUGGAAAAUAUCAUACCAGCCAAGUUCUCAAUAUGUCAAGGCAGUUGUUAGAUGAAGGGCAUGAGGAUCCAGCAGAAUAUCACACAGGAGGUUACCAUCCAGUGAAAUUAGGGGAUAUCUUUAAUGGAAGGUAUCAAGUGGUGAGAAAGCUAGGCUGGGGCUAUUAUUCAACAGUGUGGCUUUGCCAGGAUCUGCUAAAAAAUAAAUUUGUGGCAGUAAAAGUGGCGAAGAGUGCAAGGGGGUUUUCAGAGGCAGCUCAGGAUGAGAUCAGGCUCCUGAAAUGUGUGAGAUGGAAAUGCUCAAAGGACCCAGGCAAAGAGCGAAUUGUCCAGCUACUGGAUGAUUUUAUAAUAGUCGGUUCGAAUGGUGUUCAUGUGUGCCUGGUUCUUGAACUGCUUGGAGAUCACCUUCAUCGAUGGAUUCUCAAGUCAAAGCUGCAGGGGCUGCCCAUGACUUGUGUCAAAAAGAUUAUCCAACAGGUACUUCAAGGUCUCGAUUAUCUGCAUACAAAAUGCAAAAUCCUGCACACAGAUAUCAAACCAGAGAAUAUCCUUUUGUGUGUCAAUGAACAAUACCUCAGUCGAUUGGCAGCUUCUGUACAAAAGGAAGUGGGGGAAGCAACUCUGAGAUUAUCAGAGGUAUCGCAAGCAAGACAAUCACUUGUAAACCCUUUGGAUCCUACACAUGCUGAAGAAAUAGGCGUGAAAAUUGUGGACCUGGGCAGUGGCUGCUGGAUGUUUAAGCAUGUUUCAGAGGAAAUCCAGACCAGACAGUAUCGAGCACUGGAGACCAUCCUUGGAACUGGCUAUGGGUCUCCUGCUGACAUGUGGAGCACAGCCUGUAUGGCAUUUGAACUUGCAACUGGCGAGUACCUAUUUGACCCUCGACCUGGAAAGACCUUCACUCAAGAUGAGGAUCAUGUUGCACAUAUUAUUGAACUGUUGGGGAGAAUCCCAUUGAAUUGUGCAUUAUCUGGAAAGUACUCCAAAGAAUUUUUCAACCUGAAAGGUGAGCUACGUCAUAUCAAGACAUUAAGGCACUGGGGAUUGUACGAUGUACUUGUAGAGAAAUAUGAGUUCCCCUUGGCAGAUGCAGCUAUAUUUUCAGAUUUUCUCCAUCAAAUGCUCAGGUUUAUACCAGAAGAACGGGCAACUGCAGCAGAAUGCCUUCAACAUCCAUGGCUGACCAUUUAGUUCCCUGAAAACUUUCUUCCUAUGACUUGCUGAAACGGAGGUAUAACUUUCUACUGGGUAAUGGAAGUUGCUGGAUAAUUGAGGAUCUGCAGCAUUUAGUCCACUGUGUUUUGCACAAAAA